AUGAAUCUUUUUCAAGCAGACUAUGUUACUAUUUCUGAGGUUUAUACACAUUUGAAUGCGACUAUUAAUGCAAUUACUACUAAUUAUAUUGGUCAUAAUGGAAUUCUACCAAACUACAGAAACUUUUUAAGAGAAUAUGUUGAUAAACAAAAUAUAUUAAUUGAAGAUCUUCCUGAUUUUAUUUCACAAUUUGUAGUUGCAACUGUUGAAUCUCUUCAAGAUCGCUUUCCUGAUUCUGAAAUAUUAAAUUCACUAAGGAUUUUUGAUCCAUGUGAAUUACCACCACAAUAUAAUCAAAUUCAUUCUUAUAGUAACAGUGAGAUUUGUACUUUAGCAGAAUUUUAUGGAAAACCAAAAAAACUUAAUCAAAUUGAAUAUCCGGCACUUAUUGAUAAUAACUUACUAACUAAAGAAUGA